GAGGACGGUAGCAAAGAGGAAGAACGUGCAUAUAAGAAAGUAUUUUUCAAAGAAACCUAGUGCCUAUCCCUGUUGAGUGAAGCCCUACUCAAAUCUCCAUCAUCUCUAACCAAUCCACGGUGGUGCCAUGCCUCGGCCCAAGACUGGUGGAGUCCUGGCCCAGGCCAGAAGGCCAAUCCUGGGGCUCUGGAUUAGCCUAUCUCCCCUGUGUCUGCUGCUGCCUUUGAUUAUCCUGCUAACCAGACCUUUGAGCAGCAUGGGUGAAGCACUAGCUCCCCCAAAAUUUACCAAGACUCCCACAGACCAGAUCGGAGUAUCAGGAGGUGUAGCAUCAUUUGUGUGCCAAGCCACAGGCAAUCCCAAGCCCUCUGUCUACUGGAACAAGAAGGGCAAGAAGGUCAACUCCCAGCGUAUCGAGGUGACCAUAGAGUUUGAUGAUGGUGCAGGUGCUGUGCUGAGGAUCCAACCACUUAGAGGUCCCCGAGAUGAGAACACCUACGAGUGUGUGGCACGUAACAGCGUAGACGAGAAGUCUGUCACUGCAAAGCUGUCCAUUAUCAGAGAGGACCUGCUGCCAUUUGGCUUCCCUAGUAUAGACAUGGGCCCUCAGUUGAAAGUGGUGGAGCGGACGAGGACGGCCACCAUGCUGUGCGCUGCCAGCGGCAUCCCGGACCCCGAGAUCUCCUGGUUCAAAGACUUCCUGCCUGUCGACCCCAGCACCAGCCAGGGUCGCAUCAAACAGCUCAGAUCAGGAGCAUUACAGAUUGAGAACAGCGAGGAAACAGACCAAGGGAAGUACGAGUGUGUGGCCACCAACUCCCAAGGCGUGCGCUACUCAUCUCCCGCCAACUUAUACGUGCGAGGAGCGACAGACACAUUGCGCCGCGUGCCCCCUCGUUUCUCCAUCCUCCCUUCCAACCAUGAGAUCAUGCCAGGAGGGAGCAUCAACAUCACCUGCGUGGCCGUGGGUUCACCCAUGCCUUAUGUCAAGUGGAUGCUGGGUAAUGAGGACCUGACUCCCGAGGAUGAAAUGUCGAUUGGACGGAACGUGCUGGAGCUCAGUGGUGUCCGCGAGUCUGCAAACUACACCUGUGUGGCAAUGAGUAGCCUGGGUAUCAUUGAGGCCAGCGCUCAGGUCUUAGUGAAGACUUUACCAAAGCCUCCCGGCACGCCCAUCAUCACCGAGACCACAGCCACCAGUGUGACCAUCACAUGGGACUCUGGCAACCCCGACCCCGUCUCCUACUACAUCAUUCAGUACCGAGCCAAAGGGCCCGACAGCAAGUAUGAGACAGUGGACAGCAUCACCACCACCCGCUACAGCAUCGGGGGCCUCUACCCCAACACAGAGUACGAAAUCAGAGUUUCAGCCUAUAAUACCAUCGGCCAGGGGCCCCCGUCCGCUCGUGUGGAGGCUCGUACGGGAGAGCAAGCCCCCGUCAGCCCGCCGCGAAACGUCCAGGCUCACAUUAUCUCUGAGAACACUGUGAUGGUCCGCUGGGAAGAACCGGAAGAGCCCAAUGGACAGGUGAAAGGCUAUCGUGUGUACUACACCAUGGAUCCGUCCCGGCCUAUAAACGAGUGGCAGAUUCAUAACGUCCAGGAUAGCGUGCUCACUACCAUUCCGAACCUGGUAACUUCAGAGACCUACACCAUCCAGGUCCUCGCCUUCACCUCCGUUGGGGACGGACCCUUCUCAGACCCCGUCCACGUUAAAGUCUUGCAUGGAGAUUCAAUCAUUCCAAUCCUGAGAUGUGUUUUCCUGCCACUGAUUCUGCUUUUGGAGAACAUUGCCCUUCAUUUCUACUAUAAGGUCAUCAAAAAGCAGAAAUCAGACAAAAAGGAGAACGAUGAGACGGAUGUUUCCAGAGAUGAAGAAGUGGAGGCCGAGGAGGAAGCAGUCCAAGAAAUAGAAUAGAAACAUAGAAACAAACAGACAAGUCUAAAUUUUUGUUGGAAUUUAGAUUUAAAUAGUAUAAAUCUUGUUUAAUUAUGUUUGUUUUAAAUGUCUGACACAUUACUGCAGCGACUCUAUUUAACCUGCCUUUACUGUCCAGUAUAAACUCUUAAUAGCAUGACUGUGAAUUAAAUUUGAAAAUAAUGCUUCAUCCUCUCCAGUCCUCACUUUCUUACAUCUUCCUCCAUCUCUGCCAUUGAAGUUUUCACACAUUAAGUUUUUUACUUCUCACUAAACUGUAUCUUUGGCUAACAGACAGAAUGUGUGUCAAUCUGCACAUAAACAUGUUUUUAUGUUUGGUGAUAUUUUUGAAAGUCUUUCAAAUUAUCUGCCGCUUACAAAAAAAUUCCUGCAAUUAUAGCACCAUAUAUUGGCAGAGAAAAAACCAAAAGACAGUAAAAAGUGUUGUUUAUGCUUUGAAUCAUCAUCACGCCUGGAGGAGUUUUCCUGGAAACUACUGAAGAAAUCAGAAGAAUGCUGGCUAAGAGAGUUCAGGCUUUGCUGAUCAAUAAAGUUGAUCACCAAAUAUCAACUUUCAUGCACAUUAGAAUUGUACAAACUGUUUUUUCCUCAUAUACUGUGUUUGUAUAAAGAAAAGAAUUGACUUAAGAUGUUUGCACAGUACUGUAAUAAUGAACAUGAAGCUGUCUCACAAUCAUGCAGCUGACAACUUAAAAUACAUAAAGUGUGAGAAAAGAGCUGACAGCAGACACAGGAAGUCAGUGAGAGAGAUAACAGUAUGAAAGGUUAAUAAACCUGAGAUGUUGUGAUUGUGUAACGUUUGACAAAAACAGACUAAAUGCUCGGCCUGAAUUUGGUUACAUUACUUUCAUUUUCAUCAAAGUCAACUGCAGGAAAUUAAAAAUCAGUUUUAUUGUUUUAUUUAUUUUGUAUUCUACAAAAUAAAACCUCAAAUCAACUUUUAUUAAUUCUUAAAAUUUGGGGGACAAAUUUUUAUCUAUGACUUUCUGAUGGUGAAAAAAUCUACACAGAUAUAUGAAAAUUUCAAACCACCUCUCACCAUCAAUAACACAAAAAUACUCUUUGACCACCCUUUACUUUGUUGGGAUAUGAUCACUUCAGGCUGGAGGAGGUCAGAGGGACCUAUUAAACCUCCUGACAGAUUAUAUCAGCCCUGUGUUUGACUCCGUCCUUGUGGCUCACAAAUCCUGUGGUACAUAUGUGGUGUUUUUAUUCCACAACCAUCUGCAAAGGAAAGAAUCCAGGAAAAUAUACUGAUUUCUGUCUCAUUUCAGACACAGCUGAUCCAACAUGUGGCUGUAUUGCACUCAGUAAUUGUGACACAGGAUCAGUGAAAUUUCUCACAUCAUGAGCCCACUGAACAACAUCUUUUGUUGUACUUCCUGUAUUUUCCUGCUGCACUCUGAGCUCUCACAUUGCUACUGCUAUAAAAUGGCAAAGCUACACCCCCUGCUGUUCAAGAUCAACACUGACAACAGGACUGUAUAAAAAUCUUCAUUCUCGUGCAGUUUUAUUUCCUAUUAGCACAAUAAAUACUCUUUCUUUUAUUACCUGGUUAAAGAAGGUUUAUUAACUUUAUGACUGCUCAUGACUGCUUUUCCUACCUCAUGAACUUCAGGGUCCGCCUGCUUGGCUCGGGUCAGCAUUCACUGAGAU